CCUGGCAGCAGGAAUCAGAGAAGCAGUAACCAGAUCCCGCCGAGGGUCUGGUGGCCGCCGGGGCGAGGGCUGUGAUCAGGUUGCGCGCGCUGCGAGUUUCCACUGAGUGGCUUUUUCUACCUCGGGAAGAGCCGGGCUGGGCUGGGUGGUGGCAGCCAGGAGCGGAGCCUGGAGCAGCGCGGCUCACGCGGUGGGGUCCGGGCCUGGGACAACGAGGACCGGGAGAGGCCGGCCCGGGCUGGAAUCCAAGCCCGAGGCGGGUGGGGGUGGGUAAGGAAAGGCGGUCGCUCCUAAGCCGCCUGUCUCUGAUCCGCCCUCCCCGCCCGGCCCCCGCUGCCCGCUGGCCAUGUAAGAGCCGCCCGGGCCGUGGCCGCUGGCCGGAGGCAGAGUCCAGGCAGGCAGUGGGUCCAUGCCGCCAGCUGGGCCCGGGGUCCGAGCCAGACCCUGGGGCGCCGUGAGCACUCGCAGUAGAAGAUGCCGACCAACGGGCUGCACCAGGUGCUGAAGAUCCAGUUCGGCCUGGUCAACGACAGCGACCGCUACCUGACCGCCGAGAGCUUCGGCUUCAAGGUGAACGCCUCGGCGCCCAGCCUCAAGCGGAAGCAGGUGUGGCUGCUGGAGCCGGACCCGGGCCAGGGCGCGGCCGUGCUGCUGCGCAGCGGCCACCUGGGCCGCUACCUGUCGGCCGGCGAGAACGGCCGCGUGGCCUGCGAGGCGGAGCGGCCGGGCCGGGACUGCCGCUUCCUGGUCCUGCCGCAGCCAGACGGGCGCUGGGCGCUGCAGUCCGAGCCGCACGGCCGCUUCUUCGGGGGCACGGAGGACCAGCUGUCCUGCUUCGCCACGGCCAUCUCCCCGGCCGAGCUGUGGACGGUGCACCUGGCCAUCCACCCGCAGGCCCACCUGCUGAGCGUGAGCCGGAGGCGCUACGUGCACCUGUGCCCGCAGGACGACGAGAUGGCGGCCGACGGCGACAUGCCCUGGGGCGUGGACGCGCUGCUCACCCUGAUCUUCCGCAGCGGCCGGUACUGCCUCCGGUCCUGUGACAGCCGCUACCUGCGCAGUGACGGCCGGCUGGUGUGGGAGCCCGAGGCCCGCGCCUGCUACACGCUCGAGUUCAAGGCUGGCAAGCUGGCCUUCAAGGACUGCGACGGCCGCUACCUGGCGCCCGUGGGGCCCGCGGGCACGCUCAAGGCCGGCCGCAGCUCCCGGCCGGGCAAGGACGAGCUCUUCGACCUGGAGGAGAGCCCCCCGCAGGUGGUGCUGCUGGCCGCCAACCGCCGCUACGUCUCUGUGCGCCAAGGGGUCAACGUCUCAGCCAAUCAGGACGAAGAACUGGACCAUGAGACCUUCCUGAUGCAAAUCGACCAGGAGACCAAGAAGUGCACCUUCUACGCCAGCACCGGGGGCUACUGGACCCUGGUCACCCACGGGGGCAUCCAGGCCACCGCCGCCCAAGUGUCGGCCAGCACCAUGUUCGAGGUGGAGUGGCGCGGCCGGCGCGUGGCACUCCGAGCCAGCAAUGGUCGCUACGUCUGCAUGAAGAAGAACGGGCAGCUGGCGGCCACCAGCGACUUCGUGGGCGAGGACGAGGAGUUCACCCUGAAGCUCAUCAACCGGCCCCUCCUGGUGCUGCGGGGCCUGGACGGCUUCGUCUGCCACCGCCGCGGCUCCAACCAGCUGGACACGAACCGCUCCGUCUACGACGUCUUCCACCUGAGCUUCAGCGACGGCGCCUACCACAUCCGAGGUGCGCGCGGGGGCCCGGGGGCGCGCGGGGGCGCGGCGGGCCGGGGCCGGGAGCCGCCAGCCCACGCCCGUCCCGUCCGGCCCCCAGGCCGCGGCGGCGGCUUCUGGAACACCGGCAGCCACGGCAGCGUGCGCAGCGACGGCGAGCGCGCCGAGGACUUCCUCCUCGAGUUCCGCGAGCGCGGCCGCCUGGCCAUCCGCGCCCGGAGCGGCACGUACCUGCGCGGCGACGCCUCGGGGCUGCUGCGCGCCGAUGCCGAGGCGCCCGCGGGGGCCGCGCUCUGGGAGUACUGAGGCCGCGCCCCGCAUUA